UCUCCGUACUCUUUUGCCCGGCUCUCCGUACUCUUUUGCCCUGCAUAGUUUCCAUUGCCUACUGGGAAAUGUAGUUCUCGGGGCCGGGGGAGACGGCACGGAAGAGGCCUGUGCGCAAGAGCAGAUGAGGCCUAGCCGAGGCGGCGGGACCCCCAAGUUUGGAAAGCUGUGUUAAGGACAGUGACUGUCCCUACUGAAGGCCCCAGCAGUACUCCAGCCAGGUGUGGAAAGCUGGUCACGAUUCUACGCUACUUGGUUCAUUUUCUACACAGCAACAGAAGAGCCUUCCUGAGACUGCUAUUACCAUACCCGCCUGUCAUCUUGCCAAGGCUGGCCAAUGUGUGUUUUGGCAUAGGCUGUCAUGGAGGCCAUGGUGGAGGAAAAGGAAAGGGGGGGCAGAUGUUGAGGCCCCAAAGGCCACAGUGAGAACAGUUCAGUUCCUGAGUUGCCAAGACUGAGGGGGCACUGUCCUGCCCGCAGGAUUAUAAUGAGCCACAUGUCCAGCCCAAGAGCCAGGAGGAAUUCUUCCUCUCAGUGUUAAUAAUCAAAGCAUCCUGACACCAGCAGCCAGUUCUUAUGGAAUCCUGAUCAUUAUUACCACAGUGGAGAGCUGACCUGGUAGAGAGGCUACCCUCCUUCCUUAGUCACCCAAGCCUGUGAACUAUGAUUGUCAGUUGUAUGUGGGCCGUCUGCCCACUUAGGAUGCAAUUUUUGAUGUGACAGACAUCCCAGAUGUCCAAUUCCCCCGUGAUGAGGCCGGGCGCGUUGGCUCAAGCCUGUAUUCCCAGCACUUUGGGAGGCCGAGGCGGGCAGAUCACGAGGUCAGGAGUUUGAGACCAGCCUAACCAACGUAGUCAAACCCCGUCUCUACUGAAAAUACAAAAAUUAGCCGGGUGUGGUGGUGCACGCCUGUAAUUCCAGCUACUCGGGAGACUGGGACAGGAGAAUCGCUUGAACCUGGGAGGCGGAGGUUGCAGUAAGCCGAGAUCACACCACUGCACUCCAGCCUGGGCAACAGAGCUGAGGCUUCAAAGACCUCAGGGGACUUCUCAGUACUCACAGAAACCUCCUACACCCUCAGAUGGCACAAAGGGACCGUUUUCUUACUCUUAGUCUGAGUGACUGCCAACAAGGAAGGCAAAGGUAGAGGAACUGGAUCUCUGGCUCUCCACAUAGCUUCUGAUCUCAGAACUUAUUAAAACCCUUUCUGGGCCCAAAGACAAAGCUCACAUGAACAAAUGAUUUUGAGUCAUGAAUGAAAAAUCUUGCUCUUUCCAUAGUAAAGAAGAAUUCAGAGAUGGACAGGGCGAAAGAAUGUCUGCUGGAUAUUCUCCAUCAUAUGACAACGACAAGAGUGUUCUGGCUUUCAGAGGAAUCCCUAUCUCAGAGUUGAAGAACCAUGGCAUUCUCCAGGCUCUGACCACAGAAGCUAAUGAAUGGGAGCCACGUGUUGUGAGUACAGAGGUGGUCAGAGCCCAAGAAGAAUGGGAAGCUGUGGACACCAUCCAACCAGAGACAGGGAGCCAGGCUAACUCAGAGCAGCCUGGGCAGCUAAUCUCCUUCAGCGAGGCCCUGCAGCACUUCCAGACUGUGGACCUUUCCUCCUUCAAGAAAAGAAUCCAGCCAACUAUUCGAAGGACUGGGCUUGCUGCCCUUCGACACUACCUCUUCGGGCCUCCAAAGCUCCACCAGGGCCUUUGGGAAGAAAGGGACUUGGUCCUGACCAUUGCUCAAUGUGGCCUGGAUAGCCAAGACCCAGUGCAUGGCCGAGUCCUCCAGACCAUCUAUAAGAAGCUGACCGGCUCCAAGUUUGACUGUGCCCUUCAUGGAGACCACUGGGAGGACCUGGGCUUUCAGGGAGCGAAUCCAGCCACGGACCUGAGAGGCGCAGGCUUCCUUGCCCUCCUGCAUCUGCUGUACCUGGUGAUGGACUCAAAGACCUUGCUGAUGGCACAGGAGAUUUUCCGCCUGUCUCGUCACCACAUCCAGCAAUUCCCUUUCUGUUUGAUGUCCGUGAACAUCACCCACAUCGCCAUCCAGGCCUUGAGAGAGGAGUGUCUCUCCAGAGAGUGUAAUCGGCAGCAGAAGGUCAUCCCCGUGGUGAACAGCUUCUAUGCCGCCACAUUCCUCCACCUUGCACAUGUCUGGAGGACACAGCGGAAGACCAUCUCAGACUCCAGCUUUGUCCUCAAAGGUGUGCUCUUUCUUCUGGGGAGGCCUGGGCUCCUGAGUGCACAGUGUCCCGGGUUCAGAGAAUCCAAGGUGGUUGCUAGACUGGUUUUGGCUGCAGUUCUUCCCCAUCCACACUUUCUCAAAUUCCAGCUUACCAAAAUCUCCAUCACCCACGCCCUGGAGCCUGCUAGUUCUCCUUUCUCUGCCCUGACUGUUGCCCCUUUCUGGCCUUAUACUUAUGACGAGCAUAUAUUCUGAUCAAAAAUUGGGAGUUGGGGUCCAAUAGUUGGACUAUUCAAAGUUGCAAUUGUCUGGACAAGGUAGAGUGUGUGGUCCCUGUGUCUGUAUCUGGCUCCCUGGGCUACCUCUCUGGUGAUCUCUCCAUCUGAGGCUCCUUCACCUUUCUCUCCAUGGGAUAGGGGUUGGGGGUGCUCCCUAGAGCUGCUAGGCUUGAGGCCCUGACUAUUAUGUCACCGAGACCCCCUUCAAGCCUUCUGUUCCCCAAUUCUCUCUGUUGCAGACUUGGAAGUAUUGGCCAAGAAGAGCCCACGGCGGCUGCUGAAGACCCUGGAGCUGUACUUGGCCAGAGUGUCAAAGGGACAGGCCUCCUUGUUGGGGGCACAGAAGUGCUGUGGGCCAGAAGCCCCUCCCUUCAAAGAUCUCACCUUCACAGGCAGGAGUGACCUGCAGCCUCACUCAUCCUAAGGCGUGUGGCUGAUCUGAACUCCGAGAUGGAUGGAGGUUUAAAGGCUGAGCUGCAGGGGCUUUCAGAGGGUCAGUGGAAACCAUGUCAGGAGGCUGGCCGGGCCACACCCCUUGCUGUCUCAGCAGACGGGAUAUAGGAAGCUCCUGGGCUUAGCUGUGGAAAACCAAGUACCCUCACUGGGAUGGGACAUGAGGGGCAGCUAGACUUCACCCCCUCCCUGCAGACCUGCCUCCAAAGCAAGGAGAAUUCUGCCUUAAUCUGUUGGGCUCCAGUCUCCAAGGUUGAGUUCCAGUGUAUCCCACUGGGAGUGAAUGGAUCAUGAGGUGGGAUGGCCCCAUCUGGAUGUUCUGCAGAUCCACACAUGGAAGGAGAUUCCCAAGUAGAGGCAGCCAGAAUUCUAACUCCCUGGCAGCGGCGGGGCUUCCAGGCGCUGGUGUCUGUGUUGUUAGAACUCAGAGGAAGAGGGCAGGGGCAGCACCCGAUGGGGCAGCAUGAUCCAAGCAAGGGGCCUGAGUCCUCAGUGGGGCUGGGGCACAGAGGUACCUCACCAGGUGGGUGUCAGGCCCCCUCUAGAGUUUCUGGCCAUUCACUUACCACUCUGUUCUCCCCCUGACCCCCGCUCCAUUGUUUAUAAUGGGAAAAUGGACAUUUGGCUAGGUGUCUCUCAUGGCUGCUCCAUCCUAGCCCCCACAAGCUGGGGCUUUCUCGUGUAGAGGCUGUGCCCGCCCCAUGAUGGGUUUCUGGCCUAAUUGAGGGAAGAAGGAAAUUCAUACCAGCAGUUUUCAAAUAAAGGAAUUGUUCCAAUUAA